AUGGCGUUCAAGAAGCGGCGCAUCUUCGACUUGCGCCAUGUGCAGGCCCAACAGAUGGCCACCACCGCCAGUCGCAGACGCAGUCAUCCCAUCCACAACCAAUCACACAAUCCCAUCCAUCCCCAACAUCGUUUUCGCCAGAUCGGGGAAUGGUUCACCGAGAACAUGCGCAACUUCUGCGAGACCACUUCGCUCCACGGAUUCAAUUACAUCACCCGACAGGACAUCAGUCGCAACGAGCGAUGGUUCUGGCUGGUGGUUGUGAUCCUGGCCAUCAUUACCUCUAUUGUGCUGGUGGUGGUGUCCUGGUACUGGAGCCAGGAAACCCCAACGGUGACCGUUAUCGAAAGCUCGCACUUCCCCACCUGGAACAUUCCGUUUCCGGCCGUCACCAUAUGCAACUUCAAUAAGAUAUCGAGGAGCAAGGCACUUACCUUGCUGGACCAAAUGCAAGUUCCGGCUGGAGUCAACAGAUCCCAGCUGCACAACCUCUUCAAUCUGACACUUUUGCCCGUGGAUUCCAUGAUUAGCAAUGAUUCGCUGCAGAUCUACGAUCGGAUUUUGAGCCUCAACAACCUUACGUUCACAAGACUCACCCAGCAACUGUCGCCGGACUGCAUCGAGAUGAUCUCCAGCUGCAUUUGGAAGGGCAUCAAUACGCGAUGCGACAGUCUCUUCCAACGCAUAGAUACCAUGGAGGGGCAGUGCUGUACCUUCAACUACUUCGGCGGUAUCGGCAACAAUUUUCCAGAGAAAAUUGCGUACCAGGUGUCAAAGCGGCCAUAUCGCGUUACGGGUUGCGGCUAUCCCACGGGUCUCUCGGUUCUGCUGAACCCCAUGAUAUCGGACUACUAUGGAACCUUCUUCAGUGGCUAUGGCUUCCGCCUGCUCCUCCACGACGCCUAUAACUUUCCGGAUGAGAACUCGGAGACCAAGGUGGUCACCACCACGAGGGAGAGCUUUGUGAGAAUAAAUCCGGAGUCCACCUACGCCACCAACGAUAUUCGCCGCAUCGAUCUGUCACUGAGGAACUGCCUCUUUGGCAGCGAGCGGACCAUGCACGGCCUCAGGCGCUACUCCUUCAUCAACUGCAUGUUCGAAUGCCGGGUCCGGAUGACCGUGGACCACUGUAGUUGUCUACCGCCGUACGUCUACAACAACGGCAGCUACAAAGUUUGCGGUGUGCUGCAAACCAACUGCAUGAUUCAAAGCAAAAGAAUCUUUUCCCAUGCCCUGGCCAAUUUGAAUUUAUCGCUCUCAAUUGUCCGGGAGACGGAUAGCUUUCCCUGCGGAUGUCUGCCGGACUGCCAGUCGAAUCAUUAUGUUUCUGAGAGUACGACGGGCCGACUGGACAUUAGCUACUUUGCCAACCGGCCAACUUUUAACAAUUCCACAGAUAUGAUACUGCUCCAUGUGUUCUUCAGCGACCUAAUGAGCACCAGAUACCGAACGGACAUCUUUCAGAACUGGCUGUCCGCCUUGGCUUCAUUUGGCGGCUUGCUGGGUCUAAUUAUGGGAUUCAGCAUAGUGACGGCAUUCGAGUUCAUUUACUUCCUUACCUUUAGGCCAGUUUUCAACUACAUCAACCGGGGGGACUAGAGUGCCAGCUCCCAGUCAUUUUCGCACAAACCAUUGCACUCCACUUGACACGCUUUCAUUAGAGCUCUGAUUUCUGAUUGAUGAGCAGCAACUAGCACUAUAAAUCGUCUGC